AUGUUUGCUCGCCGCUCACUCAUAGCGACUGUUGCAGCCGCUACCGCCACCAAACCCACGUCCUCAGCUGCUCAAUCAAAUGCUAAUGGAACUGCUGCCACGCAAUCCACAUUACUUCAGCAGCGCCGCUAUGAUCACGACCGCUGGUAUGGUCACGCCCUCGAGCUUGACAGUCACAAUUACAAAUUUACCGGUGAGCCGCCCAGUUGGAUGCGGGUCCGCGAGCGCACUGAAGAGGAGACAAAUUUUGCCAAAUCGGUACUCCCACACGUGGAUUUCGCCAGCAGUUAUGAAUGCCUUCUGUUUGAUGCGGACCGCCUGAACGGGACGUUAAACCGCAAAGAGUUUGGUAACGAGGUGCGUUUCCGGUUGGAGAAGCAAUCCAACACGGUGGCCCGCGCUCAACAGCUGCUGAAGGACGGACGUGCUGGAGGCGAUGAGCGUGUCGAGAAUGCCAUGAUUGCUCGCAUAUUCGAUGAGGAGCACGUGCAGGCUGAGAUGCGCUAUGUGAAGUGCAUUCGCGCCAACGAACUUGCAGAGGAUAAUCGACUGGAUAUUCUUCCCGGCGGUUCGCCCAAUUCCCUGCGCGAGAAGACACGGUGGAAUGUAAACACGGAACUGCACCCAGCCGACCGUGCAGAGAUCGCGUCUCGUCUCACGGCGUGGCUUCCAGAGAAGUAUCAUAUCGUUUAUGUGGAUGAUUUUCAGACGGUGGCUGCGAAUGACAGCUGCGCGCGUGACGCUAUGUUGCGUAUUGUUGAGGGUGUGUCGAAGGAAUAUGAAACGGAGGCCCGUUCCAGCGGUUACGAGCGAGAUCUACGGGAGGUGGUGCAGGAGCUGUUGGAUGAUGUGGACCCGUCACGACACAUCACUUCAGAGGCAAUUAAAGCAGCAACAGACUUGACUCAGUUGGAGGAAUGGUCGCGGGUGGUGCAUGAAUAUAAUGGUGAUGAGCGUAUCCUCGACAUUUACAGCCGUGCUGCUGAGCUUACGCGUAAUGAGGAACACAAGAAACUUGUGGAGGAUAUGAGGCAAUGGAAGAAGCUCUCAAACAAGAUUUAGUGGAAUGGCUCUUUUACCCGCGUAGGUUUUGUUUAUUAGUCUAUUUAUAUAUUUACCUAUUCGUUUGUGUAUGCAAUGGAGUUAGUUUGUAGCAAAGGGGGAAGGAGGGGUGGGGAGGGGAGGUCCCAGAGAGAAAGUGAAGGAAAUAGAGGGAAGAAGAG